AUGGAGCGUGGAACUGGAUGGAAUAUUUCUUUUGCAGGUUGUGGCUUCACGAGCAUUUAUUAUGUCGGCGCAUGCAGCUGUUUCCUUGAGCAGGCGCCGCACCUCGUUCAAGGCGCAUCCAAAAUCUCUGGUGCGUCUUCGGGUUCAGUUAUCGCUGCGGUCCUCACCAUUGGAAUGCCUUUAGGUACGUAUGCUAUGAGUGACUAUGUGUAGGCUACAUUGCUGAGGCGGAAAGUGCCAAUGUCUAUUAUCACUGUAAAAAAUUAAUAUAUAAAGUGCAUUCGGAAAAUAUUCAGACAACUUUACGUUUUCCACAUUUCGUUAUGUUACAGCCUUAUUCUAAACUGGAUUAAAUAAAUAAAAAUCCUCAUCAAUCUAUACAUAAUACCCUGUAAUGACAAAUCGAAAACAGGUUUUUAGAUUUUUUUGCAAAUUUAUAAAACAUUAAAAACAGAAAUACCAUAUUUACAUAAAUAUUCAGACCCUUUUGCUAUGAGACUCAAAAUUGAGCUCAGGUGCAUCCUGUUUCCAUUGAUCAUCCUUGAGAUGUUUCUACAACUUGAUUGGGGUCCACCUGUGGUAAAUUCAAUUGAUUGGACAUAUAAGGUCCCACAGUUGACAGUGCAUGUCAGAGCAAAAACCAAGUAAUGAGGUCGAAGGAAUUUUCCUUAGAGCUCCGAGACAGGAUUGUGUCGAGGCACAGAUCUGGGGAAGGGUACAAAAAAAAUUAUGCAGCAUUGAAGGUCCCCAAGAACACAGUGGCCUCCAUCAUUCUUAAAUGGAAGAAGUUUGGAACCACCAAGACUCUUCCUAGAGCUGGCCACCCGGCCAAACUGAGCCAUCGGGGGAGAAAGGCCUUGGUCAGGGAUGUGACCAAGAACCCGAUGGUCACUCUGACAGAGCUCCAUAGUUCCUCUGUGGAGAUGAGAGAACCUUCGAGAAGGACAACCAUCUCUGCAGCACUCCACCAAUUAGGCCUUUAUGGUAGAGUGGCCAGACGGAAGCCACUCCUCAGUAAAAGGCACAUGACAGCUCGCUUGGAGUUUGCCAAAAGCCACCUAAAGGAUUCUUAGACCAUAAGAAACAAGAAUCUCUGGUCUGAUGAAACCAAGAUUGAACUCUUUGGCCUGAAUGCCAAGCAUCACGUCUGGAGGAAACAUGGCACCAUCCCUACGGUGAAGCAUGGUGGUGGCAGCAUCAUGCUGUGGGGAUGUUUUUCAGCAGCAGGGACUGGGAGACUAGUCAGGAUCGAGGGAAAGAUGAACGGCACAAAGUACAGAGAGGUCCUCCAGAGCGCUCAGAACCUCAGACUGGGGCAAAUGUUAACCUUCCAACAGGACAACGACCCUAAGCACACAGCCAACACAACGCAGGAGUGGCUUCGGGACAAGUCUCUGAAUGUCCUUGAGUGGCCCAGCCAGAGCCCGGACUUGAACCCGAUCAAACAUCUCUGGAGAGACCUGAAAAUAGCUGUGUAGCGACGCUCCCCAUCCAACCUGACAGAGCUUGAGAGGAUCUGUAGAGAAGAAUGGGAGAAACUCCCCAAAUACAGGUGUGCCAAGCUUGUAGCGUCAUACCCAGGAAGACUUUAGGCUGUAAUUGCUGCCAAAGGCACUUCAACAAAGUACUGAGUAAAGGGUCUAAAUACUUACUUUUUAAAACCUGUUUUUGCUUUGUCAUGGGGUAUUGUGUGUAGAUUGAUGAGGGAUUUUUUUGUAAUUUAAUCAAUUUUAGAAUAAGGCUGUAACGUAACAAUGUGGAAAAGGUCAGGGGGUCUGAAUACUUUCUGAAUACACUGUAAAACAUAUUUGAUGUCAUCAAUUGAUGUUGCCUUAACCUUAGCCUACAGGUAAGUUAAAGGUUGUCCAAAUAGCUUACAAAUUAGAUUUCUCCAUUAUUGUUAAAGGGGCAAUCUGCGAUUGGUGAAUAAAUAUUUGGACUUUUAAAUGAAUGAUAAACCCAUUGAUUCUUAAAGAAUAUAACUGAUAAAUGCCUCAUGAGCUUAGUUAAACUCUCAUACCCCAUCAUAACCCAGAAUAUAAGCUUGUUUAAUUUCAGUUUUUGUAAACAAUGUAAUUGUAAACAAAUGUAUAUCUUCAAAACAUGGUUAAACUGUAAUUUGAUCUCUUGGAUGGUCAGUCCUUUUUGUAUAAAAUAUCUUAAAGGUCAACUCCACCACUUUUCAACCUCAUUUUCAUUAUCUCCAGCACAAUACAAUACCAGUGAUAAUGAAUAUGGAUGCUGGCUCUGUCAAAUAAUUUGAAAGUGGUUACAUUUCUCCAGCCCCAUCCCUCAGCUGUUUACCUAAGAUGUUGUUGUUUUAUUGUUUGCAUUGCAGGUCACCAUUUAACCUAUUGUGAGACUAUUGUAUCUCCUCUUAAACCUGUUUAAAUAAGCAUAUGAAGUUGUGUAGGAGACAAUUAAGCAAAAGUGUUGGUCCCUUUACAGAGCGGUACUGUAAGAAUUUGAUGUCGAUGGCCAGAGAGGCCAGGAAGCGUAAACUGGGCCCCCUGCACCCGUCUUUUAACCUGCUGAAGAUGGUCCGUGACUCCAUGGAGCAUGACCUUCCAGCCGAUGCCCACCUCCGUGCCUCAGGAAGACUCUGUGUGUCCCUCACCAGAGUGUCCGACGGAAAGAAUGUUCUGGUGUCAGAGUUUGACAGUAAAGAGGAACUCAUCCAGGUAUUCUAAAAAUAAUAUAAUAUUACUUUUAAUAUAGCCUAUGGGACAUGGGAUAUUCCCUACUGCUCAUGAAAUAUAGAUAGAUUUAAACGUGCAUUUUUAAAUUCUACAGGAUGGCCAUCAUGUGGUAACUCACCAUGGUUUAUGAAUAGGUAGUUCAAACGAUAAAAAAAUUAUUGUGUUUAUCCCAGGAUUUGCUGUGAUUAAUCGCAAAUUAAUUGAUCACAAAUUCAGAAUUUGCUCAAAUUGAGCUGUAAUUUAAAGGGCAAUUCUGCCACUUUUCAACCUCAUAUUCAUUAUCACUGGUAUUGUAUUGUGCUGGAGAUAAUGAAAAUGAGGUUGAAAAGUGGUGGAGUUGACCUUUUAAAAAUAUUUUAUUCAAAAAGCAUUAAGAAUAUUGUCGUCCUUGAUUUUGUCCAAAGUAACGUUAGCAAAAUCCAGCCUGGUCUCAUAGUAAAAGUAAAUCCAGGACACUGAAAUGAGUACGAUACACUAUAUAUACAAAAGUAUGUGGACACCCCUUCAAAUUAGUGGAUUCGACUAUUUCAGCCACACCCGUUGCUGACAGGUGUAUAAAAUCGAACACACAGCCAUGCAAUCUCCAUAGACAAACAUUGGCAGUAGAAUGGCCCGUACUGAAGAGCUUAGUGACUUUCCAUGUGGCACCGUCGUAGGAUGCCACCUUUCCAACAAGUCAGUUCGUCAAAUUUCUGUCCUGCUAGAGCUGCCAAUGUCAACUGUAAGUGCUGUUAUUGUGAAGUGGAAACAUCUAGGAGCAACAAUGGCUCAGCCGCAAAGUGGUAGGCCACACAAGCUCACAGAACGGGACCGAUGAGUGCUGAAGCACGUAAUGCAUAGAAAUUGUCUGUCCUCGGUUGCAACACUCACAACCGAGUUCCAAACUGCCUCCGGAAGCAAUGUCAGCACAAUAACUGUUUGUCGGGAGCUUCAGGAAAUGGGUUUCCAUGGCCGAGCAGCUUCACACAAGCCUAAGAUCACCAUAUGCAAUGCCAAGCGUCGGCUGGAGUGGUGUAAAGCUCGCCGCCAUUGGACUCUGGAGUAGUGGAAACACGUUCUCUGGAGUGAUGAAUCACGCUUCACCAUCUGGUAGUCUGACGGAUGAAUCUGGGUUUGGCGGAUGCUAGGAGAACGCUACCUGCCCCAAUGCAGAGUGCCAACUAAAGUUUGGUGGAGGAGGAAUAAUGGUCUGGGGCUGUUUUCCAUGGUUCGGGCUAGGCCCCUUAGUUCCAGUGAAGGGAAAUCUUAACACUACAACAUACAAUGACAUUCUAGACGUUUCUGUGCUUCCAACUUUGUGGCAACAGUUUGGGGAAGGCCCUUUCCUGUUUCAGCAUGAUAAUGCCCCCGUGCACAAAGCAAGGUCCAUACAGAAAUGGUUUGUUGAGAUCGGUGUGGACGAACUUGACUGGCCUGCACAGAGCCCUGACCUCAACCCCUUCGAACACCUUUGGGAUGAAUUGGAAUGCCGACUGCGAGCCAGGCCUAAUCACCCGACCUCAUUAAUGCUCUUGUGGCUGAAUGGAAGCAAGUCCACGCAGCGAUGUUCCAACAUCUAGUGGAAAGCCUUCCCAGAAGAGUGGAGGCUGUUAUAGCAGCAAAGGGGGGACCAACUCCAUAUUAGUGGCCAUGAUUUUGGAAUGAGAUGUUCGACGAGCACAUGUCCACAUACUUUUGGCCAUGUAGUGUAUAUAUCCUGAUUUAAGUUAAUUUUGACAUUGUCUAAUUUUUAGGUUCUCCUAUGUAGCUGUUUUUACCCCUUUUACUGUGGCGUGAUCCCACCUUCUUACCAUGGAGUGGUGAGUAAGCCUAAAGAUGUUUGCCUCAGUGGUGGACCUCUACAAUUUUUUUGCAGUCUUCUCAGUGGUGUGGGUUGAAAUCCCACCGCUGCCACCAUGUUUAAAUAUGCUUUGUGUUAUAUAUUGUCAGUCACAGUAGGCUUACAUAGAGUGAAUAUAUUUAUGUUUGCUGUGUAACAUUGUUAUGUGUAACAUCAAUAUUGCUACAGCAUCCACAGUCAUUUCAACUUGCUUGUAUUUCCCGUUUGAUUUACCUGAUCAGCAUUUAGUUUUCAAUAGCCCUGCUUAUGGGAAUUUGUCUCCAUUCAGCGCUACGUGGAUGGUGCCUUGAGUAACAACAUGCCCCAUUUUGAUCUGAAGAACACCAUCAUAGUUUGCCCGUUCUCUGGUGAGAGCGACGUCUGUCCCAGGGAAAGUACACUCAACUUCCAUGAGUAUCACCAGAAUAACGCCAGUAUCCAGUUUAAUACUAACAACUUGCACCGGGUGAUCAUGUCUUUUUUACCACCAGAGCCAGAGGUGAGUCAUUAGCACAACUCAGUCUGAUGUCAUGAACAGGUUUGGGGUCACCAUAGAUCAGUUUCCAUAGAACAGUUUCCAUAGAACAGUUUCCAUAGGGCAGAGGUUGGAUGUUUGUUUUGUACUACACUAUAUCCUGAAUAUGUGGCUUGUUUUGUCCAACACAAAUCACCAAGUAAUUCAUGUGUUACAGGUAAUGGCAGAGAUGUGCCAGAAUGGAUACAUGGAUGCACUAAGAUUCUUACGAGAGAAC